CAGACAUGAGUAAAACACCAACUCUAGAAUAAUCGCGCCCUGAAGUCGCAACAGGGAAACUGCACAAUGGUGCCUAAAGAACUCGAAAAUGAAAAUGAGCUGAUGCCAUUGGUAGAUAAUUUAGUAGAUGAUGAAGCCGAGAAAGAGUUUCUUCUGUCGAAGCCAACAUGUUUCAUUAUUAUUGGAAAACCUGGCGUAGGGAAAAGUACCUUAGCCAAGAUGAUUUCAAUGGCAUGGAAUUGUGUCCUUAUUGAUGCUGCUGACCUUAUUAAUCAACAUAUAAGCAGGAACACAGAACAUGGUAUUAAGCUUUUGCAGGUACUUCAUGAAGGGGAAAGUCUCUCAGAAGAAUUGGUUACAACCCUUAUUCUAGACAAGCUGAACUCAGCAGAGGUUGAACAUUAUGGUUAUGUUUUAUGUUGCUUGCCAUCAAUGUCAGAAGACUAUCUGAAAAUUCCUGAACAGAUCCAGCUUCUGAAAAAUCUGAAAAUGAAGACAGAUUUCAUAAUAAAUAUAAAGUGCCCUGACUAUGACCUGUGCCAAAGAAUUUCUGAACAACGUCAAGAUGCUGAAACAGGACAGAUAUACCAAAAAUAUGAAUGGGAUCCUGUCAAAGAAGUUAAAAUUAAAAAAUCAGAAGAAGAGGAGGAAGAGGAAGAGGAAGAAGAAAUUGAGGAACCAGAAGAAGAGCUAGAAGACAAACCUGAGAUUCAGAAGGACAAGCUGGUUAAACGGCCUGAAGAUUCACCUGAAAAUACAGAAAAAGCAGUUGCCCAAUAUAAAGACACCAUGCUUAGACUAUUGGAGGAUUUUAUGGGUGAUCAUGAUCAACAGUGCUUGUUUGAAUUAGAUGGCAAUAAGAGCCCCAUGGAUCUUUUUGAGUCAGUAAUUUCACGACUGGAGUUCAUGGGUCUCAAAAGAGCCGCUGUACCAAAAAGAUUAAUGCAAUCAGAAGAAGAGGAAGAGUCAGAUGAAAUUGAUACAGAUGAACUCUUAAGAACACUUACAGGCACAAAUACAGUUGCUCCUGGAUACCGAUGGCGGAGGAGCCGGUGGAACACAAGCUGCCCUGUUGCUUUAAAAGAAGGCACUAUAAAGUCUGGAAAGCAAGAAUUUGCUGUUGGGUUCAUAGAUAAAGUAUACAUGCUUUCUUCCCAUGAAGCUAUGAUGAAAUUUAUUGAGAACCCAAGGCCUUACCUGCUUCCACCCAUGCCUUAUCCCCCUUGUCAUGUAGCAGUGAUGGGACCAAAAACUUCAGGAAAAACAACACUUAGUCAGCUCCUUGCUCAAAGAUUUGAUGCAAAGCUUCUAGAUGUCGAAACUCUAAUGCUGCCUGUGAUUGCUGAGGAGAGAGCAAAAGCAUUGGAAAUUGUUCGAACAGAUGCACUAAGGAAUGCAAUUGUAACAGUAAAAAACAAAUUAAUAGAAGAACAGAGCAAAGCAGAAGGUGAAGCAAAAGGUGAAGGUGAACAAAGCACUGGAGCUUCAUCAGAUCAAAAGGCUAGCGAUGAAGUAUCAACUAUAGCAGAAGAAUCCACGGUGAGUGCUGAAGGCACUUCUGAGCUGCAAGAAUCUUCAUCUGUAGCCUCUUCAGAUGCAACCAAGACAGAACAAGAUACAGAAGUGAAUGAAGAACAUCCUGAAGUCCAGGCUAUAGUGCAGCAGGCCAUUAGAGAUGCAAUGCUUGUGCCCCUUAAUUUGUCUCCUGACCUAUAUACAGAUGUAUUGGAAAAAGCAAUUAAUGAGGCUGUCAGCGAGAGACAUUCUGAUCCUCCUUUAGGUGGAUGGGUGCUAGACAACUUCCCAAACACAAAAGAGCAGUGGAUAUCAAUGCAGGAACGGGGAAUUCUGCCAGACAGUGUUUUCUUUCUCACAAACACAGAAGAUGAUGGAAAAUAUCUUCUUACUAGAUUAUAUGAGCUAAAUAAAAGUGAAAUUGAUGCUGCCAUAUUAGAAAAACUACAGGAAGACAGAAGAAAGAAACUCAUUGAGAAGAAAGAGAUAGAACAAAUGAAAUUGGCUGCUGCUGCUUCGGAGGCUAGUGAGAGUUUACAGUCAGAUGAACUGAAGCAACCAGAAGAGAAUCAGCCAACUCAACCAUUGCAAACCGUAGAAGAGGAACCUGAAGAAGUUACUUUACCUGAAACAUGGGAGAAAGGAUUCCCUGAGUGCCCUGAAAUGGACAAAUACAGGCAACAAAUAAAAAUGUUUAUGCAGGAAUGGCAGAUCCUUGAGAGUUACGUUAUAGGUGCACAGACAGUUCGACUUUCGUAUAUGGAAAUAGCUGGAAAAUCUACAGAUGCUCUGCUAAAUAAGGCCAUUGAUGAGAUGGAAAAAUUUUUCAGAUACAGUGCCUGGGAGAUGAGUGAUGCAGAUAUCAAUGAAGAAGAGGAAGAUGCUGAAGCAUUAGCUGCAGAAGAAGAAGUGGAAGGAGGAGAAGAAGAAAAUGAAGAAGAAGAGCAAGAGGAAGAACCAGGAAUCCUGAAGAGCAGAGAGCUUGGGGAGAGCAAACAUUUCUGUCCUGUCACUUUGAAGGAGAAAAAUGUCCUGUUUCCAUGCACUGAUGAAAUAGCUGCAAAAUACAGAGAAAAAGUAUACUAUUUUUCUAGCCCUGAAGCCCGAGAAAGCUUCCUUCAGAAACCUGAGGCUUAUGUGUCUGACAAGGGAACCCUCAAGGCUCCUGCUCCAAGAAUUCUACUCCUUGGUGUCCAUGGCUCUGGAAAAACAUCCCAAGGGAGAUGGUUAGCAGACAAGUUGGGAAUCUUCCACCUUCAGUUCAGGGAGAAGAUGCAGGAGCAGUUACUUCCCAAAAUGCAGAAAAGAAUCGUACCAGCAGAUGAAGAAGAGUUUGAAGAAGAGCCAUUAUCAUUAGAGCAAAUAACUGCACAGGCCAUUGAGAGUAUUGAUGCACCUCAGAAAGAGGCAACUGAUGAAAAUCAAGAAACUACUGAGGUUCAGUUAAAUGAUGAGGAGGAAGCUAUCAAAUCUUUCCUAUUGGAAGGGGACACUUUGCCACCAGAGAUACUUUACUUUGUUGUGCCCAGGUGGUGGAAUAAAGAACCUUUCAAGUCAACAGGUUUUGUGCUUGAAGGAUUUCCACUAUCCACUGAGGACACCCAGUACCUUGUCGAGUCUGGACUGUUCCCAGAUACUGUUUUGAUUAUGUCAGUAGAUUUCAGUGACAUUUUAAAACGUCUGCUUCCUCCUCUAAUGAAUAAAUGGCGACUUAAGAGAAAUCAAAAGAUGGCACGUACCAGGAUUACUAAAGAAAUUAAGCAAAAAAGGCGGGAAGAAGCAAUUGCUAAAAGGAGAGCAGAACUCAUAGCUGAACAUGCUGAAAAGAAGGCAGCUCAAAAAGCUGAAAAAGCGGAAAAAGAUAAUGAAGAAGAGCCAAAAGACGAAGAAGAUGAUUGGGAGGGGGAGGAGGAGGAGGAGGAGAUAGAUGACAUGAAUGAGAUUGAAGAAGCCCUGCAGGAUGAGUUUCCUCCUGAGGAAGAGGAAGAGGAAGAAGAUGAGCUGGAAGCUGAUGCAGCUGAUCGCAUUGAAACAAACAUGACAGAGCGAUUUGAGAAAGAAAUCAGCAACAUUGAGUCUAUCCAGGAAAUUCUUUCUGAGUAUCAUAUUUCAUACGCCUCUAUCAAUGCAGGAAGGAUGCCUCAUGUUGUACGUUACCAGUUACUUACACGACUGAAGUCCUUUGUAGAGCACAGAGAGGCUCUUUUUGAAAAAUGUAAACCAGUCGGCUAUAAUUUAGCUCGCAAACUGAUCCAGCAUUUAUUUAAAUUUCCUAGUGCUUUUGGAUCCUGGGAUCCUGUGAAGCUGCGUGAAGGAGAUGUUAUUCAGCCCGUGCUGGGUCCAAAAAACCCUAGCUAUCCUGUAAUAUAUCGCCAGUUUGUUUAUUUUUUGUCGUCUAAGCAGAACAGGGAGAAAUUUAUGAUGAAUCCACUUAAGUAUAUCCGUCAGCCAAGACCCAAACCAUCAGUUCCCAUUAAAAUAGCCAUUGUCGGACCACCAAAAUCUGGAAAGAGCACAGUUGCCAGAAUGUUUGAACGAGAGCUCGGGUUGGAACGGCUGUCUAUUGGGGACUGUGUACGUCUAGUGCUAUCUACUCAGAGUCACACGGAACUAGCCAAUCAGAUAAACACACAACUGCUCAAAGGGGGCACUGUUCCUGAAGAGCUUGCUGUUCAUUGCCUGGAAGUGGCCUUUAUGAACCUCGUCUGCAACACAAGAGGAUAUGUGCUUGAUGGUUAUCCUAUGACAAAAAAGCAAGCAGAUCUCUUGGAAGACCGCUGUAUAAUACCUGUACAAAUUAUAGAGCUAAACAUCAACACCAAGGAGGUUUUAAAACGAGGACUAAUGGAAAAGUUGAACACUGAAAGCCCCUUUCCAAAACAUGACAGUCCGCAAAUUCUCACCAUCAGAAAUUCCUGCUACAAACGAGAAAUUGAUAUUAUCAAAAGGUAUUACCAGGAGCAGUUCCAGAACUGGGUGACUAUUGAUGGAGAGAAGAGCAAGUGGUGGGUGUGGGAGAAAGCACUGGAAGAGGCAAGGACAAGUGUGAUUUACAUUCAGACAUACCUAGAACGGAUCAGACAAGGGAAAUCUGCCUGUAUUGAUCGCUUGUGUAUAACACCCAAAGAAUUAAAAUCGCGCUUGGGAGAAUUUCUUUACUAUUGUCCUGUCAGUCUUGCACUUGACAAAGAACUAGUGGACUGCUCUGUGUCACCAUCUUUAGAAUGUGCUGCUGAAUUUCGUGGUCAUUAUUACAAAAUGGCUUCUAAAGAGUAUUUACAAAGAUUUUUAGAAACUCCAGAGAAAUUUGUUCCACCAUUAGCACCUUAUCCCCUUCCUCCCAUGGAUAUGUUGCCAAAAAGACUAACAACAGCAGCAGUAAAAGCAAUGUUUCCAAGACAGGCUGAAAUGAUGGGAUUCUGUCCAGUAACAUUCCUGGAUGGAAAUCUAAGAUAUGAAGCACUUGUGGCAGGAAGCAUUGAAUAUGCUGUGGAGUACAGGGGUAAAAUAUUUAUUUUUGAAAAUGGAGAAAAACUGGAUAAGUUCAUGCGGAGGCCUGAAAUAUAUUGGAAUCUGAAGCUUCCACAUAAACUGCCUCCAAAGAAGGAACCAGUGCUCCUCACCUCCCUCCCGAUGCUUGGAUAUCUUGAGCAAGGUGUUGCAACUGCUAUAAUAAAAGCUCUGACAGCUGUUGGCUGUUUGAAGCCUAAGUAUCCAUUUAUGAGCAUGAAGAAAUCAGCUCUGCUGUAUACAUCGUACCAUCUAAAAGCUUUCAACCCCAAAAAUUCGACUUAUGUGCGAAAGAAGUAUAAGAAAAAGAUGGAACAAUUUGAAGAUGGCUGCCAACUUAUAUCUUACCUAGGAUCCAUAAUGACUUCCAAAUACAAAGAGCCUAAAGAACGACCAAAUGAUUUUGACAACAAACUUGAAAUAUUCUUGGCUCUUAAAGGAACCCAACCUGCAUUAUCAUUGGUUAUCUGAAUGACAUUCACAUUGGGUGAAUAGCAACCAUACUCCAAGUAAUUUUUAUUGUUUUAGAGUACUAUAUGGGUAACAUAUUCACACACUAAUCAGUCCUUUAUGUACUAUAUAUUGUUAUGUUAAAUACGGCUACACAUGAGCUGCAAACUGACCCUGUUGAUUCAAAGCAGAGAACUGCAGAAUCAUACAAUGUACUGACUCCUAAAACUUGUACUUUUCUGAUGAAUAUAGUAAAGGUCAGACUUUCUGUGUAUUGCAAUAUUGUGUAAGUUAAGGUCUUGUGUCAUUAGUUUACAUGUACUUCCUGAAAUCUGUCUGGUAUCAGUGUUACAAUUAUAGCCCUAAAGCAUU